ACUUCUAAACUACUGUCUUUGUUUCUUUCCAUUAAGCCAGGACUGCUGCGCUGCCACUUCCUAAACUUAAGACUUUUACUGGCUUCUUUUUAACUGGCAUGCUUUCUUAAGAUUCAAAAAACCCUUUCUUGUUUCUUUUUUUCUGUAACCAGCGGCUAAACAAUAACGAGAUGCAAAACCAAAAAACAGAUGACCAGCUUACUUGUGCAGCUGUGUUCAUCUCCUGAAAUCUGCUUCAAUAAAAUAUUUGUAAAGAAAGCUGUAAAGGUUUGAGUAAACGUUGAUCCACAAAUAUUUGGACGGUACCAUCACAAAAGAAGAAAAUCAAGAAUUUGGGACUUGUCUGGUGUGGCAGAAUGAGAGCACUGAGUGAGGCGUUUUAUUUAAACUAACAAUUGGCUUUUAAUGAAGGAACUGUUUGGAGUGAAAAUGGUCGCUUCACCAUAACCUCAGUUAGCCGGUCAUCUGUUGGCUCACAUUACAUCUGGUUUGGCUAGUAGUUGUUAAUGAACAAGAAACAGUCAAGAGUCUUAAACAGGGAUAUCAAUUACAAUGAAGGGGAGGUAGUAUGUUCGGUUUGCAACUAUUAUUAGCUAAUGAUUAAUAAAGAAGCAAGAAGGGAAAUCUGCAGCCCUCCAGGAUGUGGGGCAGGCACCCUGCUUUAUUCACAAGGAUUCUGGUAUUUUGUGAGGAUUGCAGAAUGGAUAUCACUCACCAUAAAAGCCAGCUAAACUCAGAGUGUCCUUCUGCACUGCACCAGAUCAGCAGUUUGGCAAAAGAAACCUCAUGGUUAAUGAGUAGGCAAGAAUUAUGCAUUAUGGAAAGUACUGACCUUUAUGAAUGGUGGGAUGCCAAAAAAGGGAGUGCCAACUUGAGAUCUAAUGAAGGUUCCAACAAUAAAAAAGCUGUCAGCGAGUAUGAAGACACUACAUAUGACGUGUACAAGGCCCUUCUGCUUUUUGUUAGACUCUUUGCUGACCGAGCUGAAGCCUUACAGAAGUACAUAGAUGAGCUACGCAGCAUUGCAGAUGGCGUUGACAAAUUUCACAAGGGAGCGACCAUUGCCAGCAUCGCUGGAGGGGCUGUGAGUGCAGCAGGAGGCAUUACAACUAUUGUGGGAUUGAUCCUGACUCCCUUUACAUUUGGAGCUUCCAUUAUAGUCACCGCUGUUGGUCUAGGAGUAGCUACCGCAGGUGGUCUGAGCAGUGCAUCAGCCAACAUUUCUGAUACUGUUAACACUUCUAUGGAUCGAAAAAAAGUAGAGGCAAUAAUAGAGGGCUACCAAGAACACAUUAAGGAUGUGGCAGAAUGUAUGGAUUUUGUUAACACUGGCAUAGAGAAUAUCAACAAGUUGAAGAGUUCUCCUGAAAUACAAAACAUGUUCCAAGCAGGUGCCAGAGCUAGCAAAGGCUUCACCAAUAUUGUUGAAAUUGUCCGAGUGGUCCAGUUGGCUCAAGUAGCAGGGGGUGCCGUCAGAGCAGUUAGAAUUGCAGGAGUGGCAACUGGCAUACUAGCGGGUCUCUUCCUGGGUCUCGAUGUCUUCUUUAUUGCAAAAGACUCCAUGGACCUGCAUAAAGGUGCCAAGACUGAAUUUGCCAAAAAAGUCCGUGAAGUGGCGGACGAACUGCAGGAGGGUCUGUUGCAGUUGAGUAAAAUCCGGGAUGAACUGGAAAUAUCUAUGGAGCUGGAAUUAAUGCCUUAUUAGAUAUGUAUUCUGUACAAACAUCACUAUUUUGUAGUCAGUCAUAGGCAUAAUCCUUUUGAUUGGAGAAAUUGGUCAUUUAAGCAUUUCCAUUUUUCAGGUAUUAUACGGUGUUACAGAAUCAGUUUUUAGAGGUAUCUUUUGAUGUGUUUAUCGCUCAUCCCAAGAAUGUGCCAGCUGAGAACAUUGCUGUCAUUUUGAUGGAUGCCAUUGGGUGUGAGAUUUAUAUAAUGAACAUCUGAUUGUUUCCUAAGGCAUUGUCAUUGAGGUUCCUACUGUAGAUAUCCCUCAAAUUAAAUGGCAGGAUGGUGUUAACUUUAUCACACUAUACGUUAGAAGAGCCUGAGUUUAUCCUUCAUCCACAUUGAUUAGACCUUUUUAGGCAUCUUUGUUCACUCGGAGCACCAUUACAUAUCACCAAGUCAACCACAUUAAAGUCUAUUAUGGUGACCAUCAUGUGGUAUAAGGUGGAUGGCAAAUACUAGCUUCCCAGUUGGAAAUGUCAUGUGAAUGCUAUUCAAGCUGUUAGCUCCAAAAUGUUAGACAAUUUGGAGAAUUACCAGAAUUGAAUUCUCACCUUAUUCACGAUAUAAGAUAAAUAUAAUCACCAGGUGAAUCACAAAUUACAUUUUUGUGGUGACAGUGUAUUUGAAGCAAAACUACACAAGCUUAAUGUGUUUUGUUUCAUGAAAAAUAUGAGAUGUAAUCCUAAUUUGCUUAUUGAGAGUAUUCAGGAGCAUAUCAAGAGAAAACUUACAUUUCUUCCAGAACUGCAACUGAAAAUUCAUAUGCAACACAUAGCAGUGUAAAGGUGAGAUGCCAUAAGUGGUAGCUCCAAAAAUUCCUGUAGAGCACAUAAAUGACACAGACAGUAAGAAUAUAUGAAAAAUGAUGAUGAGAAGAGGCCACUCGGUCUAAUAUCGCUCAUGAGUCAAGUGUCAUUCAAACCUAAACUGUGCAUAUACAAAAGCUUAUUUUAGUUGUAUAAUCAAUUAAAUAAUUACUGGUUUAUUGAACAAUGCAAAGGCAUUAGUUUAUGUACAUUUAUGGCAAAGAUAGUUUUCAAAAGUAAUUCUCUCAAAUAUUGUGGCUCCUCAAGGCUGUGUUCUGUCUCCACUGCCAUCUGCACUGUACACAAGUGACCUGAAACAGGAACACUGACCGCUGUUCCAUUAUCCUGUACGCUGAUGACACCAUAGUGACAGGAUGCAUGUCUAGGGAGGAUGAAAGCCACUACUUUAGUGGUUGUUUAAUAAAUUGGUGCAAUAAGUAACAUCUUACACUGAAUGGAAACAAGGCUAAAGAAAUAAUAUUUGACUUUAAGCAACAGAAAUCUUCAAAUUCACCCAUCUUUGUUCUGAAGGGAGAGGUAGAAAUAGUGCCUGAAUAUAAAUACUUAGAAGCUAUCCUAGAUAAUAAUCUUAAUUGGAAUAUUAAUACAAAAUAUAUAUAUACUUUAAAUGCAAUCCGUUCUUAUGUCUCCUCCAUUAAUUCAGGCUAUUUAAAGUCAACAAGGAUCUCGUGCUGUCCUUUUAUCGUAGUGUGAUCCACUCUGUCAACGCUUUCAGCUUCAAUUUAGCAGUCUGACAAACCAAACUUUAAAAAAAACCUCCAGCAGAUUACCAAAGAUGCAGCUGAAAUUAUAGGAACUGACAUACUGUGGAUGGUUUGGUAAGUGUGUGUCAGGGGGCAAUGCUGAAAAAUCUGGAAAUCGUCUCAGCCGAUGAAUUUAAAUUCAGUAAAUCUGGGAGGAGAGUCGCUUUAAAAACCCACACAAAUCGCUCCAGCAACUCCUUUCUUCCAGUGCCGUACAUCUUUUUAAUAAGGAAUAUCGGAGAUAAUAAAAACUUCCCAAAGUGUAGAGAUUUUCAUAUGUAUCAUAUCAAGGCAAAAACAUACCAUCAGAGUACAAGAGGCAGUUAUCACAGAAUUUGUUUUCAAAUGAUGUCAAUAUUUUAGAACUUCUGUGUAAGUUUUAACCUGUCUUGUCUCGAUUUAUUUAUUUUUUUAAAUUUUAUUCCUGUCUGUUGUUGGAUGGGUGGCACG